CUCCCGUGCCGCUGGCGGAGCCGGAGCCGCGCCGCGCCGUGCGGGGAGAGAGCAGGAGCUGGGCCGGGCCGCGGGCCGCAGCCGGGCGGUGCUGUCAGACGGCAGCGCUGCCCAAAGCAGCCCGGCGGGCGGUGAGAAGCGCGGUGCGGUGCGGGCAGCUGGAAGCGCGGCCCUCAGGGCUCGGUCGCGAUGCCGUCCCGCUCUGCGUUGCGGCUCGAGGCCGCGAGGAGGGCUGUAGCUGUCAUGUUCGAGUUGCCGUCUGAAUUUUGGGAGUUGCGUUCUGAUUUAUGGAGCUGUUUCGACGUGGGGUUGCUUUGUUGAUGGUUGGUCUGUCUUUUUCCCAGGUAACUGCGUGAAAUUCAUGGCAGGGGCUGUUUAGAAAUCGGUCGUUAAACAUCUGCUGGAGCUUUCUGUUCAGAACUGGGAUACGUUUGUGUCUAUUGCAUGAACUGAUGUCGUUUCAAGUGUUAGAUGCUACAAUUUAACCUGCAGUUCAGCUACUGUUGCCCUUGCGCGGGGCUCAGUCACUUUUUUCCCUUCCCGAUGCUGAGCUUCCCUACUAGAAGCAGUGGUAGCAGCUUGGAUGCUUCAAACGCAGAAGACUUCUCUUAAGCAGAGAUCAGUCCUUUGGCUGCAGGUAACAUUGAUGUAUUCAUCCCUUCUUGUUGAGUCGAGGCUUCUCUUGAGUGAUGUUAACUCAAAGUUUGCACAAUACUCAAGCAGAGACAGUCUUGCAUUCAGGUUGCUCUUUUUUUUUCCUGAAGAAUGGCAAAAGGUCCACAAGUUUAGGAAGCUGCGUUCAGAACAGACAGGACUGAAGUUAACUCUGAUGCUUUAUUUAUGAAUGAUUGAACAAGAUGGAAUGGCUGGCCAUGAAGAAGCUCUGUUAAACAGCAGCUUACUGGUGCCUGCAGCUCUGAAGCUAGGGAAGGUGCUUUGUUUGCUUUAGGAAGCAGCACAGCUGUUCUCAGGGUGGGAUGGAGGUGCAGUUGCUGCUGUCACCUGCGAGUGAGCCUGCUGGAGUGUGAGCUACUCCGGAGGUGGUGCUUUGUGUGCCUCGAAAUUCCCUUCAGUUGAGUGGAGGAGAUGAAGUCCCUGUGAACGCAGUCAUGUUGAGGGAAAUACCUGUGUUGAGAACAGCUGGGAUCUGUUGGCUGUGUGAAUGGCAGGGCUGGGAAGGCUGAGGUGGAACAGCUAGGAGCUGAAACUUGACCUGGAAGCUUUCUUAACUCUGAGGUCGGGUUUCCUUUAAAAUCCCACCCUGCCAAGCAAAUGGGUUCUUUUUGCCUGCAAAUCCCCAGUGCUGUUAUUUCAGUACUUCUCCUUCUCUGCAGGCGCUGUCAUUGCUGACUCCAGGAGAGGAGUGAGGAAGGAGGGGAGAGUUACUUGCUUCAAGCUCUGGGAUUCUUGAGGUUAGAAGGGAGGUACUGAUGUAAAAUACCCUGAAAAGGGUGAAUCUGUAUGGGAAGUAUUUUCUGAAAUGGCAGUGGGAAUAGAAAACAACCACUGAGAGCUUGGUUUCAUCCCAGUAAUACUUGAAACGGAUUGGCUUAAUGGAAAUGACUUAGAAGAAAGUAAAGACUUGGUAAAAUGGUUCCAUUCGUGAUCUGAAAGAAUCCUUUGAACGUACCACACAAAUGUAGUACAAUUGGUGAGUGUGCUGUGACCCCUUCCAGAGAUGAUUUCUUCCAGUAGUAGUUGCAUAGAAGAAUCAAGCAGCGUUCAAAUAUAGCCAUCAAAUCCCUGCACAAACUUGACCCCAUGUCACGUUCUCUUAGAGGAAAGCUGGUUUGCUCAUCAUGGCUGCUCCUUGGGAACCAUGCUCUUCUGUUUCAAAAGGAAUUUGAGUAUGAAUAUCUAUGCUCGCUUGAAAAAUAGUGUGCCCUGUCUUUUUACAUGACUUUGAAGGUGAAAUUAAUAACUUGGAAGGCUUGUAUUCAUUGCUGCUCAUGAAUUUAAAAGGUAGCCUGCCUAUUGAUAAGGUUUGGGAAUCUGUUUUCCUUUCCUAUGGAUGUUUGCCAGGUCAAGUGGACUUUGAUGUGACAUCUAAAGAUAACAGCGUGAGCAUUCCUGGUUUGUGUCCCCUUUUACCUAAAGAAAAAAAAAAAAAAAGUAAAGCAAAGAAUGGUUUGGUGCCCAUUCUUAUGUUAAAGGACUGGGUUUUCUUGGCUGUUUUGUAGUUAAAGGACUGUGUUUAUUUCCAGAAAGGAGCAGAGCUUGUGCUCUGUGCUCCUGGCUCUGGUGGUCUGGCACAUCUUGCUGACACAGAACAUUGCAGUUUACAUAUAACUGGAUUUCACAAGUUGAAUGUGGGUCAGCAGUGUUGGGGACACUAAUGAAAGGGAAUGUUAAUCAUCCUAAAGGGCAGGAGGCCUGUAUUCAUAAUUGUAUUUGCUGGAACUAAUGAAAUAGAAAGGAACAGUUGACAAUUUAUGUGUUAACCAAGCCAGCAAUUUAUAUUCAGUCCCCAGUUAUGCAAAGUUAGAGUCCUGGACUCUGUAGGAGCCCAAUUCUGAUAGCUGGGAAGGAACUAGGACCGGUUGCUCUGACUGGGAUUAGUUGGGCACCUGCAGGAUAUCUUGCUGCAUCUCUUCUUCAGGGUAUUGAGUGUAGCUGGAAUGCAAUGGACAUCAGAGUUCACAAUCCUGAAAGAAUGUGGCAACUUCCCAAGCCCAGUGACCUCCUUGCUGUCCAGCCUUACCUUCUUGUGAGCUCACGGUCUACUUAUUUUUUACUUCCUCUGACCUGAGUUGUGUUUUUUUUCUCUCUUUUUAAGAAGCUGAGCCUUCUUUGGAGGUAGGAGAUGUCUCUGCUUUAACCAGGGGAGGAUGGUCCCUUCUGAAAGAACUGGCUUUGUUUCCGUGGUUUGCAUUCGGGAGAAUUGAGAGCCAACGGUAAAAAUCUUGCACAGAGUUCUUGGAGGUGGGCACUGUGACACUUGAAAAGCAGGCUAAAAUCCAGCUGUGAUGGUUAGGUUUUGAGGCUCUGGAAGGAGUUUGGCCCUGACUGAUGUGCUGUAUGUGGGAGCCUUUAGAAGCCGCCUUGGUUUGUCUGGAUUUGUUUCCUUGAGAUGAGUGCAGAGCUGCUGGCGGAGCAGUCACUGGAAAAGUCUUGGCUGCUGCUUGUUCUCCUGCUCUUCCCUACCUUUGGCAUGCAGCACCAAAGCAUGUGACUACAGGAUAACCACGGAUCAUCAGUGUUCAAAGCAUGAUAGUCCAAGCAGUCUGUGUGCCCCAACACUGUGGUCCUUUCUUGUCGUGUCAGAGGGGAAUUAUUUCAUACUGGUGCUGUUUGUUUCAUUAUGAGCCACUCGGAGGCCUUGUAAGGUGACCUUUUUCAGUUGUUUUCCUCUGCUUUUUUGGUAUUUGUUGGUGCAUUGUCUGCACUGCUUCUUAUUUCUCUUGGCCAUAAGAAAAGCCAAUAGCUGUAAUUACUAAUUCCUCCGGCAUCUAUUAUAAUACUGCUCACAUGGCCUUUUGUUCUCAUCGUUUGUAUGCUGCAAGAGAGUUGUGUUUUAGUUCUCAUUUAGUGGAGAGGUUUAGUAAAAGCCUAAGAGCCAGAAAUGGUCUUAGGCUGAGCAUAGUUGCUGCAGUGGGGAUAACAGAGAAUAUUUAUUAAACCCCACAGAGGUAUUAACUGUAUCAACUACAAGCUGAAAUAGAGACAUUACAUGUUUCAUUAAAACAUUUUUCUUGCUGUAGGAAAUAACAUAUGGUUACCAAGAGAUUAAUGUGAGAGCAUGGUUAAAUUUGAGACCAGGAUUCUUCUUGAUGAGUGUAACAGUGCAGCAGCUCAGACGGAAUACCAGCUACCAGCAGCACUGCUCCUGCAGGGUGAGCAAACGGCCACAGAACCUGCCCUGCAUUCAGCCUUCUCUGGUGAGGGAGCAGCAUGACUAGGAAAGGUAAUUAGUACUUUUCUGCUGUGUCAGUGGUAGCUUAAUUGGGGGCUGAGGGGGCUAUGUAUUUGGUAUCUCUUCAGCGCUGCAGCCUCCCACUUUCUGCACAGGAGCUCUUCCUCCCAAACAUUUGUUGUUGCGAAGCUCUGGAUCUGCUGCUGAGCUGCAGGAGCAGAUGAAUGCCCAUGGAUGGAGCUUGGUACCCCGGGGCAGGGACAGAAAUAGCCCCUGGGAGGGAGAGAGGCUGCUGCUGAACGUGAGUGGGAAGAGGAACAGCUAUGACAUAAAAAUGGAUUGGUGUCUCUUUUCUUAGUAGGUGUCUUGCAAAGGUUUUGUGAAUGACGUGGAGGAUGAAUUAGAUGUUCUCAUUUGUGUUUGAAGGAGGAAUCUUGUUAGAAGAAAAUACAGAAGUUGCAGUGUGCUGCUCUGGACCUGGACUCCUUGGGGAUUGGAUAUUUUCAAAGAUAAGCAGCAACUCAACACCUUCCUCCCCUCUGCAUACUUUCAUUGUGUUAUAUAUCAGCCUUGUACAAUUGCCAUGAAACAUACACUAGCACGUGUAGCAUGCUCCUUCUUGCUCUUGUCAGAAUAAUUGUACCAAGACAGUUUCCUGCCCCACCACAAAGUAAAGCUUUAGGCAGGUGCUCCAAGGUUGCCAGGGUAGUACAGACUAAAAUUGGUAAUUGAAAUUCCCCCUGGCUGAAGAGAAACGUGUGUGAAUUCUGCCAUCCCAUGGGGAGCUGUGCUGUCCUCUCUCAGGUGUCAGUCCUGCUGUCUGCAUGGCACUGGUUGUACACAUCAAGGGUUAAAUGGGAUCAAGUGUCCCUUUGGAGCCUGUGCAGGUCUAACUUACUUAUUGCAGACAGAGCCUUCCUGCUGAUCUUAGUCCAGGGGUUUAUUAUGCUGCAUUAACACUUAAAUGAAGAAACCACUGAAGACUGAUUCAUUGUUAGUCAUUAUGCAUCCCUUUUCUAGUAAUUCUGACCCCGAGUCUCUGCAGUUGAGGCUAAACCUCACCCUCUCUGUUAAAUGGCCAUCAAAGGGGGUUCCAUAAAAAGAGAAUUAUGUGGCUUCAGCCAAGUUUCAAAGUAGUCGAAUCAUACAAACCCACACAAACAAACUCCCACACCCACUGGAACUGACAUGCUGCGCCCAAAAAUAGCCCAGCAUUUGGCUGUGUGUGUGGGGGGAGAUGAGCUGAGCUCGGCUUCACGAGUCAGCAGCAUUUGGGGGACAGCAGAUAUUUGGGAUGCACGCAUCUGAACCAAGGUGGGUCUUACUGACAGCCGCCAGUUCUCCCAUGAUGUUCUGUGACAUCCCCAAUGUCUUAGAAUCAUGGAAUGUUGGAAGGGACCUACGUGGAUCAUUGAGUGCAACUGCUUGAAGUGUUUGGUAGAUGGAGACAUGCUGAUGACACUGAAACACUGCUGUUGCUUCUGGUUAUCCCAGCAGCCUCGUGGUUGCUAUAAAGAUAAUUGAUAAGACGCAGCUGGAUGAAGAGAAUCUGAAGAAGAUAUUUAGAGAAGUUCAGAUCAUGAAGAUGCUCUGCCAUCCACAUAUCAUCAGGUUAUAUCAGGUUAUGGAGACAGAGAGGAUGAUUUAUCUAGUGACAGAAUAUGCUAGCGGAGGGGAAAUAUUUGAUCACUUGGUGGCCCACGGGCGCAUGGCGGAGAAGGAAGCUCGGAGAAAGUUCAAGCAAAUCGUGGCUGCUGUCAACUUCUGUCACUGCCGUAACAUAGUUCACAGAGAUCUCAAAGCAGAAAAUCUUCUUCUGGAUGCUAACCUUAACAUCAAAAUAGCAGAUUUUGGUUUCAGUAACAUCUUCACACCUGGCCAGCUGCUAAAAACGUGGUGUGGAAGUCCUCCCUAUGCUGCCCCAGAGCUCUUCGAGGGGAAGGAAUAUGAUGGACCCAAGGUUGACAUUUGGAGUCUCGGCGUGGUGCUGUACGUGUUGGUCUGUGGUGCUCUGCCCUUUGAUGGGAGCACGCUACAGAAUCUGCGUGCCAGGGUGCUCAGCGGGAAGUUUCGCAUUCCAUUCUUCAUGUCCACAGAAUGUGAACAUCUGAUCCGCCACAUGCUGGUCUUGGACCCGAGUAAGCGGCUCUCAAUGGACCAGAUCUGCAAACACAAGUGGAUGAAGCUUGGGGAAGCUGAUGCAGAGUUUGAUAGGCUGAUAGCAGAGUGUCAGCACCUGAAGACAGAGAGGCAGAUGGAGCCACUGAAUGAGGAUGUGUUGUUAGCAAUGGCAGAAAUGGGGCUGGACAAGGAACGCACAAUUCAGUCAUUAAGAGCAGAUGCUUAUGAUCACUACAGUGCAAUCUACAGCUUGCUCUGUGACCGUCUGAAAAGGCACAAGAAUCUGCGCAUUGCCCCAUCUCCAAGUAUACCACGGACAGUGACCUUCCCCACCUCUGCUAACAUCCAGCAGACAGAACAGGCAGGCAAUACCAUGAACAUCAAUGUACCACAAGUCCAGCUCAUCAAUCCUGAAAACCAAAUUGUGGAGACUGAUGGAACGAUGAACUUGGACAGCGAUGAAGGGGAAGAACCAUCACCUGAAGCUCUGGUCCGUUACCUCUCAAUGAGAAGGCACACGGUUGGAGUAGCUGACCCACGGACGGAGGUCAUGGAAGAUCUGCAGAAGCUCCUGCCUGGCUUCCCUCGUGUCACUCCUCAGGCUCCAUUCCUGCAGGUGACCCCAAAUGUGAACUUCAUGCACAAUGUGCUGCCUAGGCAGAACCUGCAGCCCACGGGUCAGCUGGAGUACAAGGAGCAGUCCCUGCUGCAGCCCCCCACUCUGCAGCUGUUGAAUGGCAUGGGCCCUCUGGGGCGGAGAGCAUCCGAUGGUGGAGCUAACAUCCAGUUACAUGCACAGCAACUGCUGAAACGUCCUCGAGGUCCAUCUCCACUCGUCACUAUGACUCCAGCCGUCCCAGCUGUCACUCCUGUGGAUGAGGAGAGCUCUGAUGGGGAGCCAGAUCAGGAAGCUGUGCAGAGAUACUUGGCAAAUAGGUCAAAAAGGCACACUCUGGCAAUGACCAACCCUACAGCUGAAAUCCCUCCAGACUUGCAGAGGCAGCUAGGACAGCAGUCCUUCCGACCCCGGGCUUGGGCUCCACACCUGGUACCCGAUCAGCACCGUUCUAUUUACAAGGAUUCCAAUACUCUGCACCUCCCCACCGAACGCUUCUCCCCGGUUCGGCGUUUCUCUGACGGUGCUGCCAGCAUCCAGGCUUUCAAAGCCCACCUGGAGAAGAUGGGCAAUAACAGUAGCAUCAAACAGCUUCAGCAGGAAUGUGAACAGCUUCAGAAGAUGUAUGGUGGGCACAUGGACGAGAGGACACUGGAGAAGACACAGCAGCAACACAUGCUGUACCAGCAAGAGCAGCACCAUCAGAUUCUUCAUCAGCAGAUCCAGGACUGUAUCCGGCCACCUCAGCCAUCUCCACCCUUGCAAGCUCAAUGUGAAAACCAGCCAGCUCUGCUCACUCACCAGCUUCAGAGGUUACGGAUUCAGCCAUCCAGCCCGCCCCCAAAUCACCCUAAUAACCACCUCUUCAGACAACCAAACAGCAGCCCACCUCCUGUGAGCAGCAGUGUGCUGCAGCCCCACGGUGCAGCCUCCCAGUCCCAGUUCCAAGGGAUGCCGUCCCACAGCACGAUCUUCCCACAGUCUGGUAACUGUUCCCCUCCCCCAACCAUGGGGCUGACAUGUCUGGCCCUGCAGCAGCAGUCCCAGGCCCAGCAGGUCACCAUCCAAGUGCAGGAACCCGGCGACAUGGUCAGCAACAACCUCCUGCAAGGGGCCUCGGUGGCCGGGCAGGGCAUGUCCUCCCACACACGGGGUAUGUCCAUCAACCCCAGUGCCAACCAGAUCCAGAUGCAGCACCGCGCCAACCUGAUGGCCUCCCUCACCUAUGGCCACAGGCAGCUGUCCAAGCAGCUCAGUGCCGACAGCGCCGAGUCGCACAGUCUGAACGUGUACAGGAAUCCCCCCGCCAACUACGACCAGGUGCACUUACACCCCCACCUGUUCCCAGAGCAGCCUCGUGUUUCCCCCAGUAACUACAGCCCAUCAGGAGGAGUUGGGUUUCCUCCAGCUCAGCAAGCUCUCAAAGUCCCACAGCUUGACCAGUAUCCCAGUUUCCCUCAAAAUGCACAUCAGCAACAACAGCACUACACUGCAUCGGCACUACAGCAAGCACUGUUGUCCCCAACACCUCCUGACUACAGCCGACACCAGCAGGUACCGCACAUCCUCCAGGGACUUCUUUCUCCCCGUCACUCUCUCACGGGGCACACGGACAUGCGGCUGCCCCAGGCAGAAUUUGCACAGCUCAUCAAACGACGGCAGCAGCAGCAGCAACAGCAGCAGCAGCAGCAAGAGUUUCAAGAGUUGUUCAGGCACAUGAGUCAAGGGGAUGCUGGAAGCAUGGGCACCAGCAUGGGACAGAGCCUGUCGGAGCGUCAGUCGUUGUCUUUGCCUUAUCAGAGUGCUGACACCUAUCAUCCACAGAACAGCCCCCAGCAUCUCUUAAAAAUCAGGGCGCAAGAAUGUAUCCAGCAGGUACCUGCAUCAGUGCCACCACAUGGAUACGUACACCAGCCAGCUCUGUUCCACUCGGAGAGCAUGGAGGAGGACUGUGCGUGCGAGGGCGCCAGGGACAGCUUUCCAGACAGUAAGAAUUCAAAUACAUUGACCAAAGGUUGCCACGAGACCCCUCUGCUUGUAAAUGCAGGAGGGCAUGGGGACCCAGAAUCUUUGCUAGGAACUGCUAAUCACGUUCAGGAGCUGGGGACGCAUCAAUACAGACAUCAGCCCGCUGCUGGAUUCAGUAGGAAUAAGGUGCCCAGCAGAGAAUCCGUCGUAGGGAACUGUAUGGACAGGAGCUCCCCUGGCCAAGCCAUGCAGGUGCCUGACCACAACGGGCUGGGAUACCCAGCACGGCCAGCGUCCAGUGAGCACCCGCGGCCCCGCACCCUGCAGAGACAUCACACCAUCCAGAACAGUGAUGAUGCCUACGUGCAGUUAGAUAACCUGCCUGGGAUGAGUUUAAUGGCAGGAAAAGCGCUCAGCUCUGCUCGGAUGUCUGAUGCCGUCCUCAGCCAGUCGUCGCUCAUGGCCAGCCAGCAGCUGCGUGACAGGGAGAGUGAGGAAUGUGGGGAAAGUUUGGAAGGCCAAGAGCAUCCCAACCUAGGUGAUGGCAACCAGCAUCUAAACACCUCUUGUUACCCAUCAACAUGUAUCACAGAUGUCCUACUGAGCUAUAAGCACCCAGAGGUGCCCUUUGGGAUGGAGCAGGCAGGGGUGUAAGCAGGAGGGAGUUUUAUGUACAGCUUUGAAAUGAAAAGGUCCAUUUUAAACCAACAGUAUCUAGCAGCAUUGCGCCAAAUUGCCGUAGUAUUUCUGACUAACUGGAAUACCAUGGCCCCUUUCCUCAUAAUCAGUUCAUCCAGUGUGUUGUUCCUUUGGUUUCUUUAAUUUUUUUUUAUUUUUUUUUUUUGCCAUAUUUGCCUGUAACUCCAGCUAUCACUGAAAUCACCAGAGAACCCCAAUAACCAGAGAACCCCAAUCCUACACAUCAGCGGAGCCCGAGCACUGAGUCUGGUUUGGAGGGCUGUGAGCAUCCAGGGCUGGGGCUGGCAGUGGGAGCAGAGCCCACAGAGCCUGCAGGGCAGGCAGGAGCCUGCAUUGCAUCCCUGCCCUCCUCUGCUGGCUCCUUAGCCCUGAGCAGGGCAGCAGGGUGCAGUGCCCGUCCCCCCACCUCCCACCUGCGGAGCGCCUGCCCUGCUGCAAUGUGCUGUCUCAUCUCUGUCUGCUUUUGUUCCUUACUUUAUCACCGUGCAAAAAGA